AUGCAAGAGACGACGUGUCAAGCGACUGACUUGGCCAUGAAACAGGCCUCCGGCGAUGAUAGUCGACUCAUAGAGUUUCCCUGGCAAGACCCAUUUCCGCAUCUUGCCCCCUUUCUCAUGACUUCUGGACCAGUCGAGACGCCUCCGCCACGAUCGUGGACCAGCGACAUGGAACUGAUGCAUCACUACGACAUGUCGGCUUCAUAUACUUUGCCAGGAUCUGUCGAGUUUCGUCACAUUCAUCAGGUCGAGUAUACCCGACUCGCCUUUCAAGAUGAAGCCUUAAUGCAUCAGCUCCUCGCCGUGGCGGCGUUCCACCUGGCUUUUCUCAACCCAAGCCAGAGACCUGCAUAUUUGACACGAGGUCUGCAACAUCAGACGGAAGCAGCCCGUGGUAUCAGCUCUCAGCUGGUGAACCUCACACCCGAAGUCAGCCACGCCUGUUUCGUAGCCGGCGUUCUCCUAGGAAUCGGUUCAUUUGCUUCACUGGCAGUUUUUCACGAUGAUCAAAACGGCCCCAAACCCAGCCUAAAGGACCUUGUGGACAUUUUCCACGUUAUACGCGGCAUGUACGCCGUUCUGAAAUCGUCAGAGGACGUCAUUCAUCAAGGUCGCCUGGCACCACUAUUCGAGCCACGGCAGUACUCAAGACAACCUACGGUUCGUUUACAGCAACUACUAGACAACCUACACGAACUAGAACGGCACUUUGGCCGAUGCCAUUUACAUGACCCCAGGUCAACGCACAUUGUUGAGCGAGCAAUUCUUGACCUCAUUGCUUGUGUUAAGCAUGCUGUUGAGUACGCUCCCACGCCUUAUGAAUGGCGCGUUGUCACAUCAUGGCCAGUUGUCCUGUCACCCGAAUUUCUGACACUAUUGGCGAACAUGGAUGAGGUUGCGCUUGCUGUGACUGCUCGAUACUGUAUUUUAUUGCAUGAAGCGCACUCGGUCGCUUGGUUCACCAGUGGCUGGGGUCGCAGCGUACUGGAGGACAUCGAAGCAACGCCCUGGUCAUUCGAGGUAAUGCACAUGAGCGCGAAUCAGGUCGCUUUCAUGGUGGAUGUUUACUAG